GCUGACGUGGGGAAACUGGUGUUCCUGCUGUGAGGUUAACGUGGGGAAACUGGUGUUCCUGCUGUGAGGUUAACGUGGUGAAACUGGUGUUCCUGCGAUGAGGUUAACGUGGUGAAACUGGUGUUCCUGCUGUGAGGUUAACGUGGGGAAACUGGUGUUCCUGCUGUGAGGUUAACGUGGUGAAACUGGUGUUCCUGCUGUGAGGUUAACGUGGUGAAACUGGUGUUCCUGCGAUGAGGUUAACGUGGUGAAACUGGUGUUCCUGCUGUGAGGUUAACGUGGGGAAACUGGUGUUCCUGCGAUGAGGUUAACGUGGUGAAACUGGUGUUCCUGCGAUGAGGUUAACGUGGGGAAACUGGUGUUCCUGCUGUGAGGUUAACGUGGUGAAACUGGUGUUCCUGCUGUGAGGUUAACUGGGGAAACUGGUGUUCCUGCUGUGAGGUUAACGUGGGGAAGCUGGUGUUCCUGCUGUGAGAAGGACUGAAUAAUACAUUCAUAAUGGCAAGAAGGACUGAAUAAUACAUUCAUAAUGGCAAGAAGGACUGAAUAAUACAUUCAUAAUGGCAAGAAGGACUGAAUAAUACAUUCAUAAUGGCAAGAAGGACUGAAUAAUACAUUCAUAAUGGCAAUAAGGACAGUCAAAGAAUACAUGAUUAGAAACACGGUUUUGUCUGUCCUAAAUCUAGGAGACAUUUAAAAAAUAUAUAUUAAACAUAUUUAAUUAACGUCAUUAAGAAAAUUCUAGGUCAUUUUUAGCUCGUUUUCCAUAAAGACAAAUACUUCCAUUAAUUAGCAAAAAUGCAAAAUAAACGGCUAAUUUGAGUAGGCUACGGUCUGCGGCUAAACCGAUACCACCCGUUGCCUCAAGCAAUAAAUAAACGUCAAUCCCGCGGUUACGUCAGUGAGGCAGAACCUGAGCGGAAGAGAAGGUGCGUUACUGUGGCAUAAUGAAGUUCACCUCCUUGGUAAUGAGACGUCGGUAGCAGCGCAUUUUGUUUCACACGGUGAAUGACUUUUUGUUUUAUGCAAGAAGUUUGCGCAGAAUAGUAAAGUUUCUGAUAUCGUUAUAUAUAUAUUUUUUUUACACUGUCCCGAAGGAUUUAACUUUUCAGAAGUGUAUUUUUUGUCAUACAUUUUUCCGAUUUUAUGGAUGGAAUUUAUUGACAACGGACAAUAAUCCUGCGUGCUUCUUUUAUUCAUGUGUGUGUGCUGGUGACCGGUUACCAUGGAGAAGCAGGCGGUGCAGAAGGCCAGAGAGGCUUUCCUCGCUGGGCGGUCGCGACCCCUAGAGUUCAGAGUUCAGCAGCUCAAGUCCCUCCAGAGGAUGAUCACAGACAGACAGGGAGAGAUCGCUACUGCCCUCAAACAGGACAUCAGCAGGAGCCAGUACGACACCCCGCUGUUUGAGCUGAUCGGCCUGGAGAAUGAGAUCAGCCUGGCUGUGUCGAAGCUGGCCCAGUGGGCUGCUCCUCGGCAUGUAGAGAGGAACCUCCUCACCAUCUCAGACCAGGCGUACAUCCAGCCGGAGCCCCUGGGAGUGGUCCUCAUCAUUGGGGCCUGGAACUACCCCUGGGCCCUCACCCUGCAGCCCCUGGUCGGGGCUAUCGCUGCAGGCAAUGCAGCUGUGGUGAAGCCGUCUGAGCUGAGUGAAUACUCUGCUAGUCUCCUCAAAGCUCUGCUCCCACGAUAUCUGGACCAGGAGCUGUACCCUGUAGUGUGUGGGGGUGUGUCAGAGACCCAGGAGUUGCUGCGUCAGCGUUUCGACCACGUCUUCUACACAGGGAACAGCACUGUGGGUAAACUGGUGAUGGAGGCCGCAGCCCGACACCUCACCCCCGUGACCCUGGAGCUGGGGGGGAAGAGCCCCUGUUACAUCGAUAAGGACGUCGACCUCAGAGUCGCAUGCCGGCGUAUCACGUGGGGGAAGUUUGUGAACUGCGGUCAGACGUGCAUCGCCCCAGACUACAUCCUGUGUGAACCCAGCAUCCAGAACAGAGUGGUGGAGGGUAUCCGGCAGACACUACUGGAGUUUUAUGGGCCUGACCCCAAAUCCUCCCCUGACUACGGCCGCAUCAUCAACCAGCGCCACUUCAACCGCGUGAUGACUCUGCUGGAGGGCUACACGGCAACAGUAGGGGGGCAGAGUGAUGCGUCACAGCGCUACAUUGCCCCCACGGUGGUGAAGGACGUGCCCCCCCAGGCUAGGCUGAUGCAGGAGGAGAUCUUCGGCCCCCUGUUGCCCAUAGUGACCGUCAGCGACAUAGACGACGCCAUCCACUUCCUCAACGAGAGAGAGAAGCCUUUGGCGCUCUACGUCUUCUCCUCCAACAAGAAGGUGAUAAAGCGAAUGCUGGCUGAGACUACCAGUGGCGGGGUAACAGUCAACGACGUUAUUAUGCACUACACCCUCAACUCUCUGCCCUUUGGGGGUGUAGGUCAGAGUGGAACAGGAAGCUAUCAUGGGAAGCACACCUUUAACCAGUUCAGCCAUCAUCGAGCGUGUCUGGUCAAGUCCCUGGGCAUGGAGGAGGUUAACGUGGUGCGGUACCCACCCCAGAACCACCAGAAGGUUCGCAGGGUCAGGCUGGCCAUGAGGACCCCAAUGGUUGAUUUUUCCAAGGGCACCUACAUCUGGGCCGUCACGGCGUCCAUUGUGGCUCUGGGACUCCUGGUCGCCCUGACUGUGAUUCUAAUACUAGCGGCUGGCGUCAGCUGCACCUGUUUGUGAUUGAUGGAUAGACACAGUGAAGUUAAGGUUGCACAUUUUGGUAACUUCCCCAAAAUCCCCCGGUAUUCCAGAUAUCCCUAUUGGACGAUUUCGGAUUUCCUGCUUCUUCCCUUAUGAUUCUGGGAAUCUUCCUACCUUUCUCAGGAAAACCUGGUAAUUUGGGGAAAGAGUAGAGACACCAUAGAAUGUGGUAUUAAUACAUUAAUGUCAAGUCAUUAUGUGAUUAUUGUUGCAUCCUACCUCGUCCUCUGUCCUCUCUCUGUUCUCUCUCCUAAAUCUCUCCCCUCUCUCCCCUUCUCUCCUUCUCUCUGUUCUCUCUCCUUUAUUUCCUCUAUCUUUGCUGCCCCUCUCUCCCUUCUCUCCCCUCUCUUUCCUCUCUCCAUCACCCUCCUGAAGUUGUUUUGUGUGUCUGUCUGUACAGCAGACAUACAGGGAAUUCAGAAUGUUUCAGACUCCUUCACUUUUUCCACAUUAUGUUACGUUACAGCCUUAUUCUAAAAUGGAUUACAUUUUCCCUCAUCAACCUACACAUAAUACCCCAAAAUGACAAAGAAAAAUCAGUUUUUUUGAUAUUUUUUUUGACAAAUGUAUAAAAAACAUCUGAAAUAUGACAUUUACAUAAGUAUUCAGACCCUUUACUCAGUACUUUGUUGAAGCACCUUUGACAGUGAUUACAGCCUUGAGUCUUCUUGGGUAUGACGCUACAAGCUUGGCACACCUGUAUUUGGGGAGUUUCUCCCAUUCUUCUCUGCAGAUCCUCUCAAGCUAUGUCAGGUUGGAUGGGGAGCGUUGUUGCACAGCUAUUUUCAGGUCUCUCCAGAGAUGUUAGAUUGGGUUCAAGUCUGGGCUCUGGCUGGGCCACUCAAGGACAUUCAGCGACUGCUACUCCUGCGUCGUCUUGGCUGUGUGCUUAGGAUCGCUGUCCUGUUGGAAGGUGAACCUUCACUCGUCAAGGAUCUCUCUGUACUUUGCUCUCCAUUAAUUUUUCCCUCAAUCUCUUCCAGUCUCCCAGUCCCUGCUGCUGAAAAACAUCUCCACAGCAUGAUGCUGCCACCACCAUGCUUCACCGUAGGGAUGGUGCCAGGUUUUCUCCUGUGAUGCUUGGCAUUCAGGCCAAAUAGUUCAAUCUUGGUUUCAUCAGACCAGAGAAUCUUGUUUCUCAUGGUCUGAGAGUCUUUAGGGGCCUUUUAGCAAACUCCAAGAGGGCUGU